AACUAUUUAUUGCUGAUCAACUUGCCGCCCUGCCAAUGCUUUUCACUGAUGUCAUUUCAAUCUAUGCUUUUGCUGAUGGCAGAACUGUUGCAGCCUAUAAAAAGGAUGGAAGGUCGGUUUUUCCUCCGAGAAACAAGAAUAAACAGAAUGGAAAAGUGUUUGAUACAAUGAUCUAUAGACAAUUGACGUACACCCUUUUGCGUACAAAGAGAGUUAGUUAUAGGAGGCACGGGAGGAGAAGGAGUAAAAGUUUACGAGACAGAUGUACCGGCGGAUGAACAAGACUAUCUGCAUAUGGAAAUAACAGAGCAUGUAGACGAUGUGAACGCUGUAGCAACCUCAUCCACAGGCACUUUUGCUUCUGGUGGUAAUGAAGGUUGUGUCUAUUUGUAUACCGAAGAGAACCAAUUUGGAGGUGUUCUUGUUAGAAGUUCCUUCCCUGUUCGCUCGCUUUCUUUUCAUCCCGAUGGUUCCAAGAUUGCAAUUGCUACAGACGAAACAACAAUUCGUAUUGUUUUAUGUGCAGAUAAUUCAAAGAUCGUUACAGCUGAAGGUCACUCCAGCCCUGUAAAAUCACUGACUUAUGACUCCACAGGCGACUACCUCGCUUCCUCCGAUAUUAUGGGAACUGUACGACUAUGGAACGUAUCCCCUUCAGAACCAGCACCCAGAUGUAUUAAAGUACUUCCCAGUUGCAGUUAUAGGUCUGAUAUGGAAAGCUUACUUCAAACCACCGUUGCGUUCAGCCCUGAUGAUUCAUCUUUUGCAUUCCCUGGUGACAACAAUGAUAUAUGUGUUUACAGUAAAUACGACUGGGAACCCAGUUACACCUUGGCGGACCAACAUACACAGCCAGUCAUCACAUUUGCUUGGUCACCGAAUGGAGUCUAUUUAGCGAGCUCUUCUUCGGAUGAUUCAGUUGUGGUUUGGAAUACAAAAACCAGAAAGCCUGUACAUAAUGAAGUAGUCAUUGCUUCAGUGACAAGUAUUGUUUGGUCUCCAACCAAAAAUGAACUCACUCUGACAGAUGCUCGUGGUCAGUUUAGAAUUUGGAAGGAUGUUAUACCUCUCGACCAACCUGACCAUCCUCAUCCGGCUGCUCCGUUGAAAAAACCAGUGAUAUUAGAAAAUAAGAAAAUAAAAACGGAAAAAAACAACGCAACCAAGAAAACUGGCAGCAGCAGCAGUAGCAGUGACAUUGGAAAACGAAGCAUUAAUAGGCUGCUUAUUGACGAAGAAGCAUCAGAUUCAGACGAGGGAGGAGAAGAUACAGAUAUGCUGCUAGAAGAAGCAGGAGAAGACGUAGAUGUCGACGACGACGAUGAUGAAGAACGCGAGGAGGGUCUGGAAGAGAAUUUCGUUGUUGAUGACGAUGGAGCUGGUUAUGCAGAAGCAGAAGUAAACGAACUGAGUGCCAAUGGAGGAAGGGUUCAACAAAGAUUGAAUCUAGGUAAUAUGCAUACGAGCCACCUUUUACAUCAACGUCAAACAAAGUUAGAAGAAGCAUUUGAACUACCAGCCGUUUUCCAACCUGGAGAAACACCUUAUCAUAAAGCGGAAUCAGGCAAAAGUUUUGAGCCUGCACAAGGCGAAAGACGCUAUAUGGCCUACAAUUUAGUAGGUGCUAUUUCCACUAUAUUCGAAGUAGACCACUCUAUUAUCAAUGUUGAGUUCCAUGACCAGUCGCAAUAUAAUAAUUUCCAUUUCACAGAUAUGAAUCAGUUUACACUAGGAGCGCUUAGUUCAGCCGGUACAGUGUUUGCGGUAGAAGCCAAGAAGCAAAUAGUGACGGAAAAGAAGAAAGAUGAGUUGGACGAGUUAUUUGAUGAAGAAGCUGACGAUGGACAAGAAAAAGUCCAAGAAAUCAACUCAAUAAUUUACUUUCGACCUCACCGACUUGGCUCAGAGAAAGACUGGACACAUCAUAUGCUUCCCGACGAAAAUGUCACUUGUAUUGCUAUCAAUAACUCAUCCGUUAUUGCCGCUACAUCCUUAGGGCAUGUACGCAUAUUCUCCAUCUCAGGUGUGCAGCGUUUUAUAUUUACUUUGCAAAAUGUUGUGACAAUGGCUGCCAUGGCGGAUCUUGCCUUGGUGGUUUAUACACCCGGUCCAUCUUACAAUCAGCAACAAAAUCUCCAAUACAUACUCUUAAAUACAGAUACCAACGAGGUUUUGCAGAAAGAUACAGUGCAGAUGACGACAGACAAUGAAAUCGUUUGGGUAGGAUUUUCCGAAACAGUACAGGCAGUAACCUACGAUACAGCGGGCGUUUUGCGCAUUUUACACAACCAACGCCGUCCUUUCCAAGGACGAUGGAUACCUGUGUUUGAUAGAAAGCUAUAUAUGAGAUCCCACCAAAAACAGUCAGAGACAUACUGGCCCGUCGGUGUUUUACGUGAUCGUUUUAUGUGUGUUAUCCUGCGUGGUCAAACAACUUACCCUUUCUUCCCUCGACCACCAGUGAAAGAACUUCCUUUGCAAUUACCUCUAUUAGAUAUGGCCAACGAAACAGGACAGCUAGAAGAACAGAUAUUGAAAACGGAGGUACGCGCACGACACGAACGUGAUGAAGCUGAAGCGACACAAACAGAGGGCGACUAUCUAGAGAUCUUCCGUGAUGCUGAAAUUGAGAUUGAUAUCGCUGUGCUGAAAUUGAUUAAUAUUGCAUGUAAAGCAGAGAGAAUUUCAAAGGCGGAGAACCUCACAUAUAUUUUACACACACCCGAGGCGAUUGAUAAAGCGAUAAAGAUUGCUCUUUACCACCGUUAUACCAGCUUGGCGGAAAAAAUGACAAAUAUUAAAGAGGCCAAGUUUAUUGAUGGACAGACAAUACACCACAAAACAUUACAAGAUUCAAUCUCAGAACUUCCUACUGUGUAUGGAUCUACUAAGCCUACUCUAGAAGGAGAUCUUGCAUUUGUUAAAAGGGAGAGGGAACAAAACAGUAAUAAACGGGAUAUGGUGGAUGCAGACGGAGACGAAGAAAUGAUGGAAGCCCGCCAGACUGCCAAAAGACCUAAACCAUUUCGAUUUUCUAACCUAGAAGAUUAACUGAAAAAUAUCUCCAAACGAUAUCGACUCUUAUAUAUUGGCAUUAUGUACUAAUUUAUCUAAUACUUUUCACACAAUUGUAAUAUAAUAAAAUUGCAUUUUUCAAAACUUUAUCAAA